CAAGCACACCACAUUCCUUCUCACUCCUGCCCGUUUUCUUCGGGCAGAUGCUGUCUAGCUCGCGUCUCAGUCUUCACUCUCAACAAACACCGGCUUCAGCUUUCCUCCGCAAUCUCCUUUCUCAUUCUCUACCAGAAAAAAGGCACGCAUUGUUGGCGAUUUGUGGAGGCGUGGAGAAUCAGUUCGUUUGGAGUUUCGUUAAAUUGCUCCGAUUUUGGAUUUCAGGAGCGUAGGAAUGUGGAGAGUGGCGCGAUCUGCUGCGUCGAGCCUCCGCCAGUCGCGGCGGCGGAUGUCGACGGCGAUACCGGGGCCGUGUAUUGUGCACAAGCGCGGCGCUGAUAUUCUCCACGAUCCUUGGUUUAACAAGGACACAGGUUUCCCUUUGACGGAAAGAGAUAGGCUGGGAUUACGUGGUCUGCUUCCACCACGAGUGAUAUCAUUUGAGCAGCAAUAUGACCGUUUCAUGGAAUCAUAUAGAUCCCUGGAAAGAAAUACCCAAGGUCAACCAGAUAAUGUCGUUUCCCUUGCAAAAUGGAGAAUUUUGAACAGACUCCAUGACAGAAAUGAAACAUUAUACUACCGAGUACUGAUUGACAACAUCAAGAACUUUGCUCCGACUAUAUAUACUCCUACAGUAGGACUGGUAUGUCAAAACUAUUCAGGGUUGUUUCGGCGUCCACGUGGAAUGUAUUUCAGUGCCAAAGAUAAGGGGGAGAUGAUGUCGAUGAUCUAUAAUUGGCCUGCGCCGCAGGUUGAUAUGAUUGUGCUGACAGAUGGUAGUCGUAUUCUUGGUCUUGGUGAUCUCGGAGUUCAGGGAAUAGGUAUUCCAAUUGGGAAACUUGACAUGUAUGUUGCCGCUGCUGGUAUCAACCCACAAAAAAUAUUGCCUGUUAUGCUUGAUGUGGGCACAAACAAUGAGAAGCUACUUGAAGACAGACUUUAUUUAGGACUCAGACAACAUAGACUGGAAGGAGAUGAAUAUUUGGCGAUUGUUGAUGAGUUCAUGGAAGCUGUUCAUGCACGUUGGCCAAAGGCUAUUGUGCAGUUUGAGGAUUUUCAAUUUAAGUGGGCUUUUGAGACACUAGAACGUUACCGCAAGAGGUUUUGCAUGUUCAAUGACGAUGUACAGGGAACAGCUGGUGUUGCUUUGGCUGGGCUACUUGGUUCAGUUAGGGCACAAGGACGACCUUUGACAGAUUUUGCAGACCAAAAAAUUGUUGUGGUUGGGGCUGGAAGUGCAGGGCUUGGUGUUCUUAAGAUGGCAUUACAGGCUGUUUCUAGAAUGGCCGGACCAGAUGCAGAUCCUCAUUUUUUCCUUCUUGACAAAGAUGGUCUCAUGACAAAAGAGAGAAAAUGCAUUGAUCCUGCAGCUGCCCCAUUUGCUAAAUCUCAAAGCGAGACUGAAGAGCUUGGACUUCGCGAGGGUUCCAGUCUGCUUGAAGUGAUUAAAAAGGUUAAGCCACAUGUGCUUCUUGGUUUAUCUGGAGUUGGUGGCGUCUUUAGUGAAGAGAUUCUAAGGGCCAUGAAAGAAUCAGACUCCAUUAAACCUGCUAUUUUUGCAAUGUCCAAUCCUACAACAAAUGCUGAAUGCACUGCUGAGGAGGCUUUCAAACAUGCUGGCGAAAAUAUUGUCUUUGCUAGUGGAAGCCCUUUCGAUAAUGUUGAUCUAGGGAAUGGGAAGACAGGGCAUGUGAAUCAAGCAAAUAACAUGUACCUCUUCCCUGGAAUUGGCUUGGGAAGUCUUCUCUGUGGCGCUCGUAUAAUAACUGACGAUAUGCUGCAAGCAGCUGCAGAGUGCCUUGCUUCAUAUAUCACAGACGAAGAAAUUCGGAUGGGCAUCCUGUAUCCAUCCAUUGAUAGUAUACGGGAUAUUACGGCAGAGGUUGGAGCUGCAGUUGUGAGGGCAGCAGUUGCUCAAGGUGUGGCUGAUGGACGCGGCGAGGUGGGCCCCAAAGAAUUGAAACACAUGUCAAAGGAACAAAUAAUCAAGUAUGUGAAGGACAACAUGUGGUUCCCUGUUUACACCCCUCUUGUGCACGAAAAGUGAUACAGUUCCUUUUCCUUUUCAUUUUUCUUAAGCUGAUUAUUUGUGCAGAACUGUGGAAACUUCUGCAGGCCAUUGUAAGAGAAUUGUCUUUAAGACUGGUAUUAAGUUGUCUUAGAGAGAUAAGCAAUUAGAUGGAGGGAGGCAUGUAUGUAAAAACAACACACGUUCCAAUAGGUUCUUGUUUCUCAACUAGUAUCCGUAUUGUCCCAUAACACAUACUUUUGUUCCUGACAGCUGAAUUCAUUAGACUAACAAUGAGUUUUCACUUAAU